AUUGUUUGCUCACUGGAUCAUUAUAUUUCAUCCGAAACGAAAUAAUUAACUUCUUUCCCAUUUACAAUACACGUUCAUGCAAAAUAACUCAUGAGGGGUAAAGAUUUAGAAAUACUCCGUGGAGUUUUUUCCCUACUCCUCUCAAACCAACGAUAGAAGACAGAGGCAGGUGACAAUCGUGGAGUGGUAUGAAAAGGACGCAUUUCCAGGCCCAACACCAGAGCACCCUAGAAGGUUUCACUAAAAGAAUGCUCAUGUUUGACCCAGUCCCUGUCAAGCAGGAGGCCAUGGACCCUGUCUCAGUGUCCUAUCCAUCUAAUUACAUGGAAUCAAUGAAGCCCAACAAGUAUGGGGUCAUUUACUCUACACCAUUGUCUGAUAAGUUCUUCCAGACCCCGGAAGGCCUGCCUGGAAUACAGAUGGAGCCAGUGGACCUCACAGUGAACAAGCGGGGUUCACCGACUUCGGCUGGGAAUUCUCCUUCCUCACUGAAGUUCCCGUCCUCACACCGGAGAGCCUCGCCUGGGCUGAGCAUGCCUUCUUCUAGCCCGCCGAUGAAAAAGUACUCACCCCCUUCUCCGGGCGUGCAGCCCUUCGGCGUGCCACUGUCCAUGCCACCAGUGAUGGCAGCUGCCCUCUCCCGGCACGGAAUACGGAGCCCGGGGAUCCUGCCGGUCAUACAGCCCGUGGUGGUGCAGCCUGUCCCCUUCAUGUACACGAGUCACCUCCAGCAGCCUCUCAUGGUCUCCUUGUCGGAUGAGAUGGAAAAUUCAAAUAGUAGCAUGCAAGUACCUGUAAUUGAAUCAUACGAGAAGCCUAUAUUACAGAAAAAAAUUAAAAUAGAACCUGGGAUCGAACCACAGAGGACAGAUUAUUUUCCUGAAGAAAUGUCACCCCCUUUAAUGAACUCAGUAUCCCCCCCACAAGCAUUGUUGCAAGAGAAUCAUCCUUCAGUCAUCGUGCAGCCUGGGAAGAGACCUUUACCUGUGGAAUCCCCGGAUACCCAGAGGAAGCGGCGGAUACACAGAUGCGAUUACGACGGAUGCAACAAGGUGUACACCAAAAGCUCCCACUUGAAAGCACACAGAAGAACACACACAGGAGAAAAACCCUACAAAUGUACCUGGGAAGGCUGCACAUGGAAGUUUGCGCGGUCUGAUGAACUCACAAGACAUUUCCGAAAACACACUGGAAUCAAACCUUUCCAGUGUCCAGACUGUGACCGCAGCUUCUCCCGUUCUGACCAUCUUGCCCUGCAUAGGAAACGCCACAUGCUAGUCUGAAUGCCUCUGUCUCCUGCCUCAACACGACCCCCCACUCACCUGGCUCUCUCUGUCCUCCCUCCCAAUGCCUAACACAUUUUUUACAUGUACAUUUUAAUUUGGAUUCAGCUGGUCUGAAUCUCAGAAUUUAUAUCAUUCAAAACUUCCAUAUGGUCAGUAGUAGCUGUUCUCUAAUCCUCCCUCUCCUUACCACGGGUCAGACCUAAAGAAUGUGAACACUUUUUUUUUUUUCCGGGGAUGCUAAGCAAACCCUUCUUGUAGAUACGUUUAAUGUAACGAGAACAAGGGAACAUGUCAACUAACGUAACCAGUUAUCGGGUUCUCCAUGUAUUCCUCAAAAGAAUGUCAAAGUAAAUGUAUUAGAAAUACAGUAUGCAGCCUGCUAGUCCUUGCCAGAGACAUUCAUACCUCUGUGCCCUGUGAUCACAUUUUAUUCUUGACAGCGGAAAGAAGGGUGGUGUCUUUCACCGGUUAGCUAGAAGUGUAUAGCAAGAUUUCAAGCUAGCGGAGUCUUUCAUCGUUCUCACAAAUCUUGUCAGCCUGGAUUUAUCACUUCAUCUGAAUGAAUCAAGUUCUUUGCCCUCCUCUGUGCCUGCAGCUGACACGGAGGUCUUUGCCACCAUUGGGAGAUGAGCCAGAGCUUUUGGUUUAGGUCGGUGACGUGUCUCCUAUUUCAAGGGAUGGAUGCUGUGCUUUCCUAGCCUGGAAAGGAGCAGGGGGCCAUUGAGGUCGGGGGGAGCCGGGGAGGCAAAGGAGGAAGACGACCAUUCCUCCUGAGCUAGGGGUUGUUGGUGAGAUUUCAGCAUUUGGGUAGCUGUGCAGUGCUUUUCCAGAGCAUCAGUCUCAUGUGCAUGCUCAGCCGUGCAGAACCGUGCUGCAAAGCCAAAUACCAAUGGGGUCAUCCACGCAGCUAUCUCCAUUCCUACGAUGUCCUUAAUAGGAGAGGAUCAGGCAUUGGAUAGUAGGGACUCCACAAAAAUAUUUGCUUAGUAACAGUACAAAAUCUUCUGGGUAAGAGUAUGGAUGGUCUUCUUUUUUUCUUUUUUUGGAUGGUCUUUCUUUUACCCAACCUGCAUAACAGCUUUAUUGUAAACAGGGAAAUGUUGAGUGGUACUUGUAUUCCCGUACAAAUUCAUCACAUAGCUUUUAUACAAAAAUUCUUCUGUGUGAGCUGUAAGGUGCCAAACUGGCUGUCAUUUGUGUUCAUGACACAUAUCAUAAAGAAGCAUCUGCUAAUGCUUUAGUAGAUUCAUUGAAUUGAAGCCCUGAGUGACACUAUUUGUAAAUAUGAUUAGUUGUGAAGCACACAUAACCUUUAUUUUGGGAAUUUCUGAAAAACAGGAAACCAGAGAUCAGGGAUUCAUAUAAAGUUUACUGGUAGGGCUGGCAAUUUACUACCACUGUCAAGUAUCAGGACAAACUGAAAAUAAUGACUUAUGUUUGUGUUGAAAAUACCACCAUUAUUGGGGUAAGAUUUCAAAAGCAGGCUUUUGAGCACCAUAGUCAAUGUUAAUAAAAAUUGAUUUAUGCAUAGAAAUGCCGUUGGUCUUGAAUUUGAAGAAAAUGGGCAACAGUGGUUAAAUGUAGGUGCAUAUAAAAAAAUGCCCUUUCAUCCCUCUUGAAAGAAUGAAGAGAGAAGAAUGGAAUCUUGAACUUCCAUCCCAGCCACAACUCAGGAUCCAAUACAACCUUAACUGGGAGGAACACAUUGUUUAAAACACCAGCGAAUGAGUUGACUCUAGAGGCCUGGGAAUUGUGUGGGGAGCUUGCUUGGAUGAUGCUAUGUUAAUAAAAAUUGUAGAGACUGUACCAGAAGGGUCCAGCGCGUCAGCCCCGUAAACCAACUGAAAGGAGAUGGAGUUGAGAAAUUUAUUAUCUUGGCACUUGGUUUUGAUUUUUUGUUUUUAAGCACUGCAGAAUUUGUUUAGAACAUUCAGACAUCCUGAUUGGGCUAUUUUUUCUUCGUUUUUGUAACUAAGAUAAGAACUGGGAUAAAAAUGGCUCUUUGAAAAGUAGAUAUUGUCUGUAUUAUAAAUGCUUAGUCGCAUUCAUCCCAAAAGUGUUCGUUUCUGGAAAUGGUUCUUCCACAGCACACAGAAUCAAGAUGGAAGGCAAGGAACUUUUUUGUUAUGAUGGAGAUAAGUUGUUUAGGUAUGUUCCAACCCACACUGAAGGGAGGAAAGGGGAUGAGAGAGGACAGAAUUGAUCUUUGAAUCAACUUUGAGUCCAAGUUUAGUUAACAGCUUUAAGAGUUCUCAUGAAACGUGAUGCAUUUGCUAUGGCAUAUUUAAAUGCUCAAAAGAUAGGCAAGACCCCGCAAAGUCUCUUAACAUUGUUUAGCUUGCUUAGGUUAUGGUAACAGGUCAGAGACAAAGAUCCAUUUCAAUUUUGGAAAAACAACCCCGAGAAGCCAUUCUCUAUUCCCAUGCUGGUCUAUAUACUUUCGUUACCAAUUGGCAUUACCAAAUUUUUCUUAUAUAUAUAUUUGUAUUUUACUAUGAUAGUUGAGAAAUUUAGUCUGUUAGUCACUUUUAGCUGUUAUUGUGGAAGACCUCAAAUACAAGAUGCCCUUGAACAUGUGGUUUUAAUGAUGUGCCAUGUUACUAUCAAUGGUGAUUUUCAUUACAAUGUUUUACAUUGAUGAAAAUGAUAAGUAAACAUGAAGUUGGUGUCAUGUAAAUUUUGUUUGUUAUAAAGUUUCUUCAGUUAUUACCCACGUGUCAUCUUGGAGAAGUGAGAAUUAAAUCAGAAUCUAUCAUAUUUUGUUACUUUAAAAUGUGAAUCUACAUGAUAAAUGGGCAUUAACAUUCUAAAUCGCUUUGUUUGGAGAAUGCGUUAGCAGCAUAGCUAUGUUCAGCUAAGGAGAUGCUAAAUCCACAGAAGUUUCAAGAGCCUUGGAACAGAAUUACAGGGAAACUAUAUGUAUAUUUUAUUAAACACCCAUCUGCACUAUCAGUAUUGCACUAAUGUGGAAUUUGAAAGACUAUAUUGCUGAUACUAUACUAUGUGUAUCUGCACAUCAUUCCUGAUUAGAUUGUUUUAAAGACAAUCUUCAAGAUCUAAAAUUUGAAAAGAAUUUGAUUUGAAAAUAUAUAGUUGUCUUGAAGGAAUUGCUGUCGUACAUGAAGUUGCUCAGAGUUGUCUAUAUUCUCUUGGUCAAGGUUAAUUUCUAAGUUGAUUGCAAAUUCAUCUAAAUAAUACAUUUACAAAGCCAUUUUACAUGCAUUAAACGAGGGCUACAACAAUAUUGUUUUACAAAUACUAGCACUUUUGUUUCCUGUUAUGUACUUAGUGUUAGAGGGUCAAAAUAAUCUUUUGGCUUAGCAUCUCUUAAACUGUACCUGCAAGUAUAGCAGGACUAUUACAUUUACAGUACUUUAAUACUUGUAUAAACUAUGCAGAAAUUUUUAAUAAAGUGUAAUAUAUUUUAUAAGCUAAUAAGACUGAAUGGGUAAAGGUUUUUAGCAUGCAUUAGUAUACUUGCAAAUACUGAGACAUUUUGGUAAUCUUUCUUACUAAAGAUGUGAAUGUUUAAUGUACCUUCUGUUUCUACUCUGUAGUCCAAUGGGAAUUCAGUAAUGACAUUUUGUCAUGUCAAACUGUGAACAUAAAUUUGUACUGUACAGUCCUCAUAUACUAUAUACAGUAUGCAAUAUAUGUAUUAUAUACUUGUUAAUAAAACCAUCAGAAUAUUAA